ACCUCUUUCAGUGACAACAUGUACACUUAUGUAUUUAUGUUGCGAUGUUGCUUGCUUUCGAGCAUUGUGACACAGUCACACUGCUACCAAUAUUUUUAUCUAACACAAUUAAGAAGUAGAAAUGUGAUGUUCUUUUAGCAUUUUUUUUCUUUGGUUUGGAGGGGACCCAAGAAAUGCUACAAGUUUUAUUUGCUUCUAAUGAAAAUUAUUGAUAUGUCGUCGGUUCCAAGCGAUAGAUAUGUCGGCUAAUCGUCUCAAGGAGAAGGAUCCACCCCUGAUUUUGUACCUGCACUUAAAAGCGCACAAUGUCGAAAAAGAACUUGACAUCAGAUGUACCGUUGCUCAUGUUGCAGCCCGAGGUUGUAGCUACACAGGAACACAAAUUCAGAUAGGGAUAAGUCCGGGCGCAAAAAAGCGGGAAACAAAGCGAAGUUGGGGCGGCGAGACGCGAGACGCGAGACGCGAGACGCGAGAAAUGGCGGAGCCGCCUUUGGCCGCCGGCUGCACGACAAACUGGAGGAGGGAGGCGGAUGAGCGGCUGCGGCGCCUCCACUCCCUCCUCUUCGGCGCCGACGCCGCACUCGAGCACGGGGACGCCACGGUGGCGCAGGCGCUCGCGCUCCGCCUCCUCGGCUUCCUCGACUCUCAGGCGCUAGCCGCAGGCGCGGGCCCCGAGGACGCCGCCUUCGUCGCGCCCAUUCGCACCGCGGCUUCCGCUCGGCUAGCCGCCGCCUCACGCGCCCGCGCCUCUGACUCCGACCGUGCAGCUUUUGAGCUUGCAAGAACGGAUGUUGGCUGUGUUUUUGCAAAUCAGGGUGACAAUAAUGUUGAAAGAAUCCAGCGUUCGAAGUAUUUCCAAGCUCUUCUUCAGAAGUCUAAAGCAAAUGUUUCUGAACAACGGAAUGCAACAUGUCAAGAGUUCUCAGUUCAAUGGGCUCCAUGCGUCGAUGAAAGCCAAGCUGAAAUGGAAAAUGAGAAGCUAAGCAUCAGGGCUUCAAAGUUAAUGAUGCAAACGAAGUUGACAUCAUUGUAUAGCAGUAAGUCCUUGAAGACAAAUGGCGUACCCAACAAAAAUAUGUUCAAAUCAGAGAACUCAUCUAAAGUGUGUGCCGGUGUUGAAAAUAGAACAAGUCAAAAUAGUAACAGGCGGCAUGCUUACCUGGACGUUGAGGAGGAUGAGAAAUCCCAUGGGCAAUUGCAGAAUGCAAAGUGGAAACAUACAGGGUUCAGAAGUCCUAUAUUUGAGGUUGCAAAUUCUCCAUCAAGUAAUGAUGAAGCUGAUGCUCCUGCCAAUGAGUUUACGACUGCCAAGAGAAUGAUGGGGUUGGAUGUUGUGCAAAAGCCAGCACAAAAUGGUCCACAAGGUGCUUCUGUAUCACCACAAUGUGAUAACAACUAUAGUACACGGAAUUAUGGCGUGAGACCAAGUUGGAAUUCUCGUCGUGGACCACGUGGUAGUUUUAUACCCCCUAUCAGAAACAAUGGAGGAUCAGGUACAACGAUCUCACGGGUCACUGGUAAAAAUGACGAGUCCAUGGAAGAUUCAACAAGGAAAUGUAUUGAAAUGCUUUGUGCUCCUGAUGGUGAGCUUCCUGAGAAGCUGAGGAAUCUAGAACCUCGCCUUAUUGAACAUGUCAGUAAUGAAAUAAUGGAUAGGGAUCCUAAUGUCCGCUGGAAUGACAUAGCUGGUUUGGAACAUGCAAAGAAGUGUGUGACAGAGAUGGUGAUAUGGCCACUGCUACGUCCUGAUAUAUUCCGUGGUUGUCGGUCUCCUGGAAGAGGUCUACUGUUGUUUGGACCUCCUGGAACAGGCAAAACCAUGAUUGGAAAGGCAAUAGCUGGUGAAGCCAAGGCAACAUUUUUCUACAUAUCUGCUAGUUCACUAACAAGCAAAUGGAUUGGUGAGGGUGAAAAACUUGUUCGGGCACUUUUUGGUGUGGCCAGUUGUCGUCAACCUGCUGUCAUAUUUGUGGAUGAGAUAGACUCAUUAUUAUCUCAGCGCAAAUCAGAUGGUGAACAUGAAUCAAGCAGGAGACUGAAAACACAGUUUCUAAUUGAGAUGGAAGGUUUUGACACCGGAAAUGAACAGAUCUUACUUAUAGGAGCAACAAACAGACCCCAGGAACUGGAUGAAGCAGCGCGCAGGCGACUCACGAAACGUCUAUACAUCCCCCUUCCUUCAUUAGAAGCACGGGCUUGGAUAAUUCGCAAUCUAUUGGAGAAAGAUGGACUUUUCAUGCUCUCGGAAGAAGAAACAAGUGCCAUCUGUAAAUUAACUGAAGGCUACUCAGGAUCUGACAUGAAAAACUUGGUGAAAGAUGCCUCAAUGGGACCACUAAGAGAGGCUCUUCAGACGGGCGUUGAAAUCGCAAAGCUCAGCAAGGAGGAUAUGCGGCCAGUGAUGCUGAAGGAUUUCGAGAAUGCUAUGCGGGAGGUAAGACCUUCUGUUUCCUCAAGCGAGCUGGGGACUUAUGAAGAAUGGAACAGGCAGUUUGGGAGCCUAUCGAUCUAGUCUGUCGGCAGGCAUCAACGAAUACAAUCAUGUCGGCACUAUAGAAAAAGGAGCUCAACGAUUUUAGCCGGAACAUGACAUGCAUAACACAGCUCUACAGUUUAACAAUCUUUUGAAGCAUCAAAAUUUGAACUGUCUAUUUGGAGUGCUGAGUAAUAUCCAGGAGCCUACAUAUCAAAUAGUUUCAAUUGUUUUUAAAUCUUCACUUUUCUGUAAAUUUGUUUGCCUUGGUUUUGAUUGACAUAUGACUAGCGCGGAAGUCAAAUACUCCGUUCCAAAUUAUAAAAUGUUUUAGCUUUUCCGCAUACAGUUUUUUAGAUGAAUAAAAAAAUUAAUGUAUCUAUAAAAAGCAAUAUGUAAAGAGAUGGUACAACAUUGACAACAAAGAAGAAGAUUUGUGGGUCCAA